UCAGUUUUUCCGCAGUCUUCAGCGUGGUCAAAUCGGCGUUCGGAGUUGGCCACCACCAUCAGUACCAUCCGGGGUCGGAAAAUCCUUUUUGUCCGAGUGUAACUUGCAGUGAUUAAGUGUGGACCAUGUUGACGGUUGCGUUGAUCGCCGUAGUUUGGGCCGGGCUGGCCAUCUUCUGCAAGUUGCGGUUCAGGUUCGCGGACAAGAUGCCCGCCGUGGAACCGCUGGUGCCGUUCUUCGGCAAUGGGCUCCAGUUCGCGGGGAAGAACUCGUACGAGAUCUGUCAGAGUUUGACGCGUGCCUUUAAGGACAACAAGCGGAUCUUCAAGCUGUGCUUUGGGCCGAUCGCCGUCGUGUGUCCAACGCAUCCGGAUCUGAUCCAGAAGGUGCUGUGCGACACGGCCAGCAUGAACAAGCCGCACGUGUACAGCUUCAUGCGGGUCGAUCUGGGCCUGCUGUCUGCCGAGUACGACACGUGGAAAAACCACCGCAAGGUGCUGAAUCCGACCUUCAACACGCGCAUUCUGAACAGCUUCAUCCCGAUCUUCACGGAUUGCGUGGCGAAGAUGAUCGAAAGCAUGCAGGAACACUACCAGCCGGGCAAACCGCUCAACAUCCUGGAGUUUACGUCACCCUGCACGCUGGGGAUGAUCUGCCGGACGUCGCUCGGCGGGAAGGUGCUGGAACGCGAAGGAACGCAACAGUUUAUCGAGGGGCUUGAAGUUAUCCUUCACAACGUUGGUCUUCGCAUGUUCAACGCCAACCUGCACCCGAACUGGGUGUACCGCUUCACAAGAUUUUACCGGGCGGAGAUGAAGGCCCGCAAGUUCUGCUACGCCUUCACCGAUAAGAUCAUCCACGAGAAGCAGCUGGAGUUUGCGAAGCUGAAGCAGCGAGCGGCCGAAUCGAACAACAAUCCGGGCGAGCUGAUGCAGGAGGAGGAGGACGACAUGCUGUCGUACAAGAAGCCGCAGAUCUUCAUCGAUCAGCUGCUGACGAUUCCGCUGCCCGACGGGACGCCGUUUUCGCACGACGAAAUACAGGAUCAUAUCUACACGAUGAUUGCCGCUGGUAACGAAACUUCCGCCACCCAAGCCGCCCACACGGCCCUCCUGCUGGCAAUGCACCCGGACAUCCAGGAGAAGGCCGUUGCCGAACUUCGCGAAGUGUUCCCGACGCCCAACACCGAGUACAGUCACGAGGUGCUGAAGCAGCUGGUCUACCUCGAACGCAUCAUCAAGGAGUCCCAGCGGCUGUGUCCGGUGGCGGCGGUUUACGGCCGGAAGACGCUGAACGACCUGCAGCUCGACGAGUUCGUCAUCCCGAAGGGCAACCUGUUUAUUUUGAACAUUUUCGCGCUGCACCGCCGGAAAGAGUUCUGGGGAGAGGACGCCGACCAGUUCGUGCCGGAUCGGUUCCUGCCCGAGAACAGCAAGAACCGGCACCCGUUCGCGUACCUGCCGUUCAGCGGUGGCGCUAGGGGCUGUAUUGGAAGCCGAUACGCCAUGAUGAGCCUGAAGACGAUUCUAUCUGAAAUGCUGCGCAACUACAAGCUCACCACCGACAUCCGGUACGAGGACAUGGAGUUCAAGUUCAAGGUAUCGAUGCACUUGGCGUACGACCACCGUGUGUUUCUUGAACCGAGAAACCUGUACGGUUGAGGAGCGGUAGAGGAGGGAGAGAGAGACCACAACUUGAAGCCAUUUCAGAAGCCUAAUCCAACACUGCUGAUAUCAAACUGAUCCAAAUACGAGCCACUUGUACCGUUGUUACCAAGAACAAAUGAACCAUUUUUAAACUUUAAAUAUGUUGGGUGUUGCAAAAGCGCUAACGUUGAACAACAAUAAAGAAACCUGA